CGACCCAACGAACAUACACCACGAUGAGAACAUUUUUCACGAUGUCCGCUACAAACACAACCGGGUCGACGACGGCCAGGAGCCCUUUUACAGUUUAUGGACCUCCGCCCGUGCGUACAAGACCUAGCGUUACCAAAACCCGCCCUGUUCCGUCGACACCAGUCGUUUCCUCGACACCAGGCGUUGCCUCGACACGGGGCGCUCCUUCGAUGCCGGGGGCUCCUUCGAUACCGAGCGCUCCUUCGAUACCGGGCGCUCCUUCGAUACCGGGCGUUCCCGUGGCACCAGGCAUGGCCUCCACACCGGGUGCUCCUUCGAUACCAGGCGCUCCUUCGAUACCGGGCGCUCCUUCGAUACCAGGCGUUGCCUCGACACCGGGUGCUCCUUCGAUACCGGGCGUUCCCUCGACAGCAGGUGUUGCCUCGACACCGGGCGCUCCUUCAAUACCGAGAGCUCCUUCGAUACCGGGCGUUCCCGCGACACAAGGCGUGGCCUCGACACCGGGCGCUCCUUCGAUACCAGGCGCUCCUUCGAUACCGGGCGCUCCUUCGAUACCGGGCGUUCCUUCGAUACCGGGCGUUCCCGCGACACCAGGCGUUGCCUCGACACCGGGCGCUCCUUCGAUACCGGGCGUUCCUUCGACAGCAGGUGCUGCGUCGACACCGGGCGCUCCUUCGAUACCGAGCGCUCCUUCGAUACCGGGCGUUCCCGCGACACAAGGCGUGGCCUCGACACCAGGCGCUCCUUCGAUACCAGGCGCUCCUUCGAUACCGGGCGCUCCUUCGAUACCGGGCGUUCCUUCGAUACCGGGCGUUCCCGCGACACCAGGCGUUGCCUCGACACCGGGCGCUCCUUCGAUACCGGGCGUUCCUUCGACAGCAGGUGCUGCGUCGACACCGGGCGCUCCUUCGAUACCGAGCGCUCCUUCGAUACCGGGCGUUCCCGCGACACAAGGCGUGGCCUCGACACCAGGCGCUCCUUCGAUACCAGGCGCUCCUUCGAUACCGGGCGCUCCUUCGAUACCGGGCGUUCCCUCGACAGCAGGUGUUGCCUCGACAACGGUCCACGACUACGACAAGUACGACCACAACCACAACGAGUACGACUACAACGACAACCACGACUACGACAAGUACGACCACAACGACAACCACGACUACGACCACAACCACAACUACGACGACAACAAGUACGACCACAACCACGAGCCACGACUGCACCAAAACCCAGCAUUCUACUGCACCGCAUCCGUUGGCACUGUUGCAAUGGUGAUGCCUGCCGACGGUGUUUGCGACUACAUCUUCUUCGACUCGCUCUACACGACCAGUAACAAAUUCACCCUAAUCGACACGGCACCCAGAGAUGACCUGGAUGUGUUUCUCAGCGCAGCCAACUCAUCAAGGAAGACAGAGCAUGGCGUCGGCAUCAAUGUCAGGUGA